GAGAUUUGCAUUGAACAGUUGAGAAACAAUCCGUACUACAGCAACUGAAUCCACGAAUUCUAUCAUGGCCGCUCUUCGUCUCUUGGUUCUCUUUAUGGUUGGCACAAUACUAUUGUGUCAAGUCAGUGCAGACCCUCUAUGGGAGGAGAUCCUGAGAGAGAAUUUGCAUGAUCAGGAAUACAACUCUCCAGCUUGCAGUGAUAAGUACCGGUCAAACAUCUGUGGGAUGGUUGUCAAUCAAGACCAUUGYAUGAAAAGUAAAAGUAGGAUGGGAAAGUUUGCAGCCAAAAAUUGCAAAAGAAUGUGCGGCUUUUGCUAGUAAAGAUGUUUUUUUUUCUCUUAGUCCCUGACCGGAUCGCAAGUUGGAAUGGACAAGACACAUCGAUAACAUUUUAAGAAUUUAGUUCUAGAUUAUGGGUAUUCGUGUAAUCAUUGAAUUACCAAAUAAAGGAUCCUACAGAGCAUGA